UCGCGCUUGGCUGUAACGGUGCUACGGCGUCAACGGUCCAGCCCCUCGCCGAGUAGGUCGCUCUGCGUGUCAGCGGCGUUUCCCUGGCGUCCGCCGCCGACCGUCUGGACGCCGGAACUGCGGAUGAGGAUGAUGUUGCGGCGGGUGGCGGUGGUCGGGGCCGGGGCGGCAGGACUCUGUGCGGCCAGACACAUCCUGUCCCAUCCGAACAGCUUCGCCCCCCCGGUGGUGUUCGAGCUCACCGACAACAUCGGCGGCACCUGGUGUUACGAUGAACGUGUCGGUACGUACGACAACGGACGUCCGAUUCACAGCAGCAUGUACAGAGACCUCAGGACCAACCUGCCCAAAGAGGUGAUGAUGUUCCCUGAUUUCCCCUUCGACCCUCAGCUGAGCAGCUUCCUGCCCCAUCAGGAGGUCCAGAAGUACCUGGAGAGAUACUGCCAGAGCCACAACCUCCGGCCUCACAUCAGGUUCAGCACCGUGGUGGAAAACGUGAAGCCUGUCGUUGUGACAAAGGAGGGCGAGGAGGAGACGACAAGGUGGGAAGUGACGUCCUGCGAUUCGACUGGUUGUCAGAAAGCCGAGACCUUCGACUCAGUCUUUGUCUGCUCGGGGCACUACUCUGACCCGCACUUCCCAAACAUACCAGGGAUACAGAGCUUCAAAGGAAAGGUGCUCCACAGUCAUUCGUACAGGUAUGCGGAGCUGUUCUCGGGUCAGUCAGUGGUGGUUCUGGGAGCCAAAGCCUCAGGAUUGGACAUUUCCAUCGAACUGGCCAAAGCUGGUGCCCAGGUGACUCUGAGUCACGGUCGCCCUCGUCUCACCUUUCCUCUUCCGCCUGGGAUUCAACAGUCCAGUCCGGUGGUGGCGAUCGAGGACGACGGCAGCAUUCGCUUCCAGGACGGCUCGGUGGGCAGGGCAGACGUCCUGAUGUUCUGCACUGGGUACAACUUCAGGUAUCCAUUCCUGGACGCAGAUCAGCUUGGUCUGGAGAUCCAGGACCACCUGGUGUCGCCCCUGUACCGCUUCCUGGUGCCCCCUGCCUUCCCCACGCUCUUCUUCAUUGGCAUCUGCAAGAUCAUCUGCCCCUUCCCCAACUUCAACUGCCAGGUCCAGUUUGCUCUGGCUGUAUUGGACGGCUCAGUCACUUUACCGUCUAGGGCUGAGAUGGAGGACGAGGUCCGCCGAGAGCUGCAGGAAAAGGAGGAGCGUGGAGUCCAGCAGCGCCACCUGCUGAUCAUGGACAAGGAUCAGUGGGAGUAUUGUGACACCCUGGCUCACACCGCCGGCUUUCCAAAACUGCCUCCGGUCGUACGCAGCCUGUACGAGGAGGUAUGGCGACAGCGACAGGUUCACCCUGAAAACUACCGGAGAUGCAACUACAGGCUGAUCAGUGACACCCAGUGGGAGCUGAUCAAUUGAAUGAUGGAGAAACAUUGAUGGAAAGUGUAAAAAUCACAAAAAACCAUGUGACACAAAUUAGCAUUAUAAACUAUAAACAGUUAAACUAUAACAGUUUCAUACAAGAAGUACAGCUGAACGUUACAAGUCCAUCAAAUACUAGUUUAUGAAGCGGAAAAUGUUCGUUUUUGUUGAGACUGUCAGAGGUGUGGAUUCACCUCGAUGCUCAUUUCAUAAGCUGUUGUCUUGUUAAACAAAUAUGCUGUUAAGUGCCUUAUAUUCAGUCUUGUUGAAGGUCUUUUGUCCGCCAGUUGCACCACUCCACUCACUGAACGGCAGGAGACAAAAUUAUGCACCACCUUGAAUUUUACAUGAGCCCCAUUGACUUUAAUGACAAUCACCUGCACUCCAU